AUGUCCUAUUGCUACGGCUUCGAAAAGGAAUGCAUUGUCAAUGGGGACUCUAACGCAAAGACGGUUCAAACAAUCAUAGCGGGUUGUUCCGAUCAAACCCCUCUUUUCAGCUUCGACGCUGGUCAAGCUUUUCUUGAAGCUAUAGGAGCCGCCGGUACUAUAUCCGAUGUUGGUUGGCCUAGCUACUUGAGCGAUGAUUUUACUGCAUUGGCCCCAACAACCCAGGCUAUGUCCGUAUUUUUCAUUCUUGGCACAAGCAUGGUCGGGUUAUCAGUCAUGCUUUGCCUGACUACUAUCCGCUACAUUUGGCAACCUCGAGGUACCAUGUCCCUUACGACUGGUCUCGAGUCGCCACCCAACUACCCAGGCUACGCAGACUCCUCUCUAUCAGAUACACCUCCAUCUAAACUAAAAUUGCUCAUUUCUGUGAAUAGUGGUGUCUUGCGCUAA